AUGCCCAGGACCAGGCAGAGCAGCCGUCGAGGGUCGUCGUCUCGCCGCUCCCGCACCGACAGAGCUGAGCUAACCUUCUCUGUGAGCCUGGUGGAGCACCAUCUUCGUGAGAGCGGCCAUGCCCGGAGGCUGAGCGAAACAGUGCCCAUCUUGGUGACCGCCAUCCUGGAGUUCCUGACACGCAGGCUGCUGGAGCUGGCAAGCAACGAGGCCCAACGCCUAGGCGCCCAGAGGCUCAUCACCCCUGAAAUCCUAGACUUGACCAUCUACAACAACGCCCUUCUGAGCGAAAUGUUCCAGUUCACCACCAUCUCUCAGACGGCCCCAGCUGGACCUCGUCGUCGUCGACGUCAAAUCUAG